AUGGACGACCCCUGGGCGGCCCCGUGGUCCACCCCGGCGGCAAAGGGAAACAAGUCCCCAGCGCCGCCGCGCAUGUCCCUCUCCCCUCCGCCAGACGACGACGUGGAUCCCUGGGGCCCGCCUGUGCCCAAGCCCAGCGCAGCUCCCGACCUACCUUCCCUCGACGCGCUGGCUCCGAGGAGAUCAGAAGAGCUGCCAACAUUCGACUCGGCCUUGCCGUCAUGGGGAGGCGAGUGGGGCGCGACGCCGAAGAAGGCAUCUCCCCCGGUAACCUCGACUUCGCCGACGACCUCUCCUACGCUGGGCAAGACGAGCUUGGGAUCGCCGACCCUGGGUAAGAGCCCGCCAAAGUCCCCACUGCAGAUUCCCCUCCCGAGGUCUCCUUCGCCUGAUGCUGUCGAGCAGUCGGUGGAAGCUGCGUGGGGCGGAGACGACGUCGUCGCCCGUAUGAGCCAGGACCUCGCCCGACCGUCACUCACGCUCUCGCGACCCGGUACCGUCUCUCCCGUCGCUGUCUCACGAACGACGACCCCGCAGCUGAACGAAGAGAGGGAGGAUGAAGAGGAGGAAGAACCCCCUUCGCCAGGCCAGGCGCUGGAGCGCGAGCUCGACGUGAUCUCGCCACAGCGCAGCCCGUCGCCGAAGCCGAUCGUGGAAGAUGAGGUCCGUGGCUUUCCCAGCCCAGAGACGGCAAUGCGAGCAGCUCUCGGAGAUCUGGAUGACGACGACAAGCUUCCCGACCUCGACACCCUGAUGGUCAAGGAGCCGCCACGGGAUACGUCUCUCGGGCUUGCCGGUCUAGAGGCGAGCGACAUCGUGCGCCGUUCGAUGUCUCCCUCGUCCGACUUUGGCGGCUUCGGCUCCCCCGAACGCGGCGUGCGCUCCGACGACCCGUGGGGUACCGGUGCGGACGAGCCAUGGGGCGCCGCUGUUGCUGAGCGAGAUAGAGAACGUGAGAACACGCCGUCGCCAUCGCGGCAGGAGAAACAGUGGGAGAUUGCGCAGUCUGAGAUGCGUCUGCGCGACGAGCUGGCUCCGUUUGAGAAGAUUCAGUCGCUGAAGAAGGAGUGGGAUGGCGUUGCUGCUGCCGUGUUGGGCGACAACGAACCCACAGUGUCUGAGGACGAGGAGCGGAAGCUGGACGCGGCGGCGAGUGCGCUGAAGGAGCACUCAGCCGAUACGCUGCGCUCACUCACCGUGAUCCCGGAUACGACGGUGCCAUUGCAGACGCAGACUGGAGCUCAGCUCGCGCGUGCUCUCGCCCGACCGAACCCGACCCCACAGAGUUCGCUCCUGUACGCGCCGAACGUGCGCCGACGGCCGUUAGGACCCGGACUGGAGAGUCGAUGGGCGCAGAGGAGCAGGCUUGGCGAGCCCGACGUACCUGCCGAGAGCAGGCCGAGCCUCGAGUCUAGCCAAGGGAGCAGGUGGAGCUUUUGGCGGAAACAGGCGGCGCCACCCAAGCCGCUCGUCACAAGCGGAGGUGGCAUGCUGGAGCGGAAGAGCGACGAGCCCUCUCGGCCCAGUGCAGGGAGCCGACCGGCUUCCAUCUCGUCCAUUCCGACACCUGCCACCUCGUCACGACCUGAAACACCCACAGCCCGUAGCGCAACGCCGACAAUACCCGAGGACGCUGUGGCCAGCACACCGACCAUUACGGUGCAGCCAGCGCCUCAGCAGCAAGGAUCCCGCAUGUCACGCAUCUUCGGCUGGGGCAAGAAGAAGGCGCCCGAGGAGCCGAGCUCCGCUGGAGCGAAGGAGGACCUGGAGCUGACGACGGACGACUUUGCCUUCCUCGCGGAGGUACCCAGCCACACGCCGCCUGGGUCCGCUGACCUUCUCGGCAUGGACGGCCCGACGGCGAACCUCGAGCAGGUCCUGAAUGCGCCCAAGGCCGUCCCCCUGCCUGCACCCUUGGCGCCGCCACCUGGUGCGCCGCGAAGAAGCGACUCUGGAGGGGUUGUGGCACGAAUGGCGCCCGCUCACGCGCCGACUCCCAGCGCGACGGACCUCCUCAGUGGACUCGACUUUGACGCGCCCCCGCCGCCGGCGAGCAAGCCGAGCACAGGUAGCAGCAGCUCGCUCUGGGACGACUUUCUCGAGCCUGCCAAGCCUUCGCCGACGACGAGCACCUUCCCCAGCAUCAAGUCGACCUCUCCAGCCAUUCCGACACUCGGUGCGCCGCCAAAAUCGAGUUCCCCGCUCAGCGCCGAGCCCAUGAGCGCUGGCUUCCCGACGCUUACGCCGACGCCACCUGCCUCUUCGCCUGUGACUGGCACCUUUUCCUCCCUCGUUCCCUCACGCCCGUCGACUUCCAAGUCGAGUCUUGACACGAAGCCUCCCGCCCCGUCACACCUCAGUCAGUCUAGCGUCAGCCAGUCGAACGACUUUGGUUUCGGCGAUCUGUCCCUGUCGCCGCCGAAGCCCUCCCCGAUCUCGACUCAUGCAACGAGCGACAGCAUCUCGAGCCAGAAGCAACCCUCGGCGCGCGCCUAUGGCCCGAGCGGUGGGCUCGGCGGUGUUGCGGCUGCCCUCCCGCCGCGCGCUCGCUAUGGUCCGAGUGGUCCCGCGCGCGGUAGUAUCAGCGCGCUCCCCCCUCCCUCUGCUCUGUCACCAGCCUCGCCUGCGUUGGACUCUCCGCCGCAGCCGAGAAAGCUCACCAAGGGCCCCACGGGAUACGGCAAGCUCAACGCUGUCGGCAGCCCCAGCCCGGAGAGAAAGGUGGCGACCGCACCUCCGCCAUUCGGAGCGGGCAUGGAGCCUUUGCGUCCUACCCCGAGCCCGUCGCCGUCCCCCUCUCCCGCUACUUCCCAGCCAAUGCCGCCCAUGGCUCCGAUGGCCCCCAUGGCGCCGUCGAAACCUCUUCAGCCCAUGUCAGCACAGUCCGCCAACGACGACUUUGGCGAUUUCGGGGACUUUGGGGACUUCAGUGCUCCAACUUCCGCCCCCGCCCAGCAAACGGGUUUCGGAACCUUCACCUCGGGCGACGACGAUUUUGGCGACUUUGGCGACUUCACGUCGUUCGCCGCGCCCACCGCAGCCGCAGCUCCAGCCACGCCCGCGCGGAUCCAGAGCGCCGCCCCAACACCGCCGUCCAAGUCCUCUGUGCCCCCAUCCUACCGGCAGCAGAGCCACGGCACGCCCAGCAAGACGCGGCAGGCGCCCCCGCCGCAGAUCAGUGUGCCGAAGGCUGGCGUGGCGAAACACCUCCCCCCAGCGCAGAUGAAGCAUUCCAUCGAGCUCUCGUCGUCAUUCGCGAUUCCAACGCUGGCACCGCCGCCGGGUACGUCGAAGCCAAAACCCGCGCAACAGGAGAACCUCCUCGGCGACGAUUUCGGGGACUUUGCCGACUUUGCGGCGCCAGUCUCGGGUCUACCUCCGCCUAGUGGCAACUCGGGCGUGGGUUUCCCCUCCUCGACUUCGGCUUCGGCGCUGGCAAACCUCUCCGCCUCGGCUGGGUCUGGCAGCAGCAGCCCUAGGAAGGUGGACCAUGCGCCGGCGGCUGAGCUCGUGCAUGCUGCGGCGCAGAGGGGGCCGGCGCAGUGGCCGUCCGCGUCGCCCAUCAAGGCGCUCGCGCCGCCCCCGGGUAGUGCGCAGAACUCGCGCCCGACGAGCUUUAUUGACCUCAUGGAUGAGUAG